GGGAAGGGGGGCUCUUGGCACGAGAAUGACGCCUUGACCGUGUUUCCCUGGGAGGAAAUGGACGGGACCAGAAGGUCCAGCCGCGGGAGGCUCGGCCGCACAACACAUGUGAUUUCACCACGUGCAAUGGAUGCGUUCACUUUUAAAGUAGUUGUUCCAGCGUGAUGUUUAAUUCCAAUGCGCUGGGGAAAUGUGGAGUGCGUUCGUGAACGGCCCGGGUCAGCCCGGCGGGGGCUACGUCCCGUCCCAGGGAUGGGAGUUCGUGCCGUGCCCCCGGAUGGAUCGGCCGGACAGAGGCAGGGGGAAGAGUCGCAGCCCGCUGAGGAGGAUCUCCUCCCCGCCCACCGUCUUCAGUCACAUCUACGAGUCUCAGCUGGGUGCAUCGCCCGGUGGAGCGGAAGGUGGAGCAGGGACACAGCUCGAGAUCCUCAGGGGACAAAUGUGGCCCGGUGCCGAACCCCAGCAGCAGCAGCAGCAGCAGCAGCAAACACAACACACUCGGCUGAAAAAGAAACUUGAGGAUUUGAAAAAGCAACACGUUCAGGAUAAAGAAGGAUGGACGCGGGAGAAGGAAUCACUGUUGAGAGAAGUAGCUGACAUACAAGGAGGGGAGAACCGGAGGAUUCUGCUGGAACUGAAGACCGUUUUGGAGGAAGUACAGGGGGAGGUGAAGAAAGAGGAGGAGAAGAGGAGCGAACUCCAGCUGCAGUACACCAGAGACAGAAGUGCUUGGGACCUGGAGAAGGCAGAGCUCAAAUGCAGGAUUGCGCAGUUGGAGACUAGAGAGGGCGCUGGGCUGACGAGCGGUGGGGGGGGGCAGUCGGCAGCAGAGACUGGCUCUGCGGCGUCGACACUCCGCCGGGAGAGGGAAGAGCAGCGGAGGCUCCUGGCGGACACACACUCCACGGCCAUGGACCUGCGCUGUCGCAUUGAGCACAACGAGAGGGACUGGUCGAGGGAGAAAGCCGAGCUGCUGGACAGAUUUGACGUGGAGAGGAGGGAGUGGGAGUCCCAGCUGAAGGAUAUGCAGAGGAAAAUAGAGGAGCUGUACUGUGACGUGAGAACCAAGCGAGACGUGCGGGGCAGUGGGAGGCGAGGCGACGACGGGGACGCACACAGGCUGAGCGUGCGCUCCACCAGCACCGGCUCCAGUCUGCUCAGCGACGACGAGCCGCCGGGCAGCGGCAGUAGUCAGUCACCACCUGCCGGACAUCCACCUUUCCCUGAUUCCGGUCCCCACGGAGACACCCGAGGCGGGGGUUUCAUCGGCAGAGACGGUCACCGCUGCGGCUUCUUUGGGGACGCAGACGGCCUCUGUGGGUACGAUGUCGGGGGUCCGACCAUUCAGGGGGACCCUUCAAACCUUGAGCUGCCGAAGGACUUCAGGUCCAGAGGCACUUGGCAGCAAGACUCGGCCCCUACAUCAGAGCUGCCUGCCGUGUUUCAUGGAGCGCCCGUGGUGCCACAGAAGAAUGUCUCCAACUGUGAAGAUACCUAUGUUCAUCCUGAAGGCAGCGAUAAGAAGAACACCACUGCCCUUAAUGCUGCUCUGAAGGAGAUCGCCCGUGUGAGUGAGGAGCUUUGCAGCUACCAGCAUGAGAUCAGAAAGAAGAGUGUAGAUAAGAGGAAUCCAACCGAAGCCCCGUGCCCACCUGAGGAGAAAGAGUUGUUGUUUGGCCCUGACAAAGGCCGGUUGGAGGUCAAUGACGCUCCUUGCGACCUGAGUCAGAUUUACGACGACCUUCGGGCCUUGCAGAGGGAAAACUGGAUCGCCUUGUCACCAGAAAACACCUGGAGGGCAGAUAGAGAGCCGAUCAAACCCUCCACGGCAAACGCUGCCGACCCGGAGAGCCCGGGAGAAACAAAGACAAGCCCUGGAUUCGUCUCACAGAGGGAUGCGGCGUGUCCACCCGUCCCUCCUCGCUCCUCCUCCUGCAAUCUGAGCUCCUCCAUUUAUCCGGACACGGAACUUUACAUCCCAGAAUCCCCCGUCGCGACACUGAGGAAGUGCCACAGCCCCUGUGUUCUAGUCGACAAAAUGUGUAGCAGCCCGUCUAUUGUCAGGAAAUUUGAGGCCAUGCUACAAGAAAAUGAAGGAAAGGUACUGAUGGACGGCGUUUUAGCUUCGUGCGCCGUGCCCGCUAACCCCGAAUGUGUCAAUAGGGGCUGCUGUCACAAUCGCUGGUCCUGUGAUGCAAGCAAGUUCACGAGCAGCAAGCUGUCGACGUAUGGGACUGUCCAGAAAAGCUUCUCCGAAGUCAACAUUUUGACUGCUGGCAAAGGCUUGCGCUCAGAUUACUGCCCUGGUGUUGGGAGCCUAAAAAGCCCAGAGCUACAAAUACCUCAGGUUGUCAAAGAAUUACCUUUGGAUUUGCUCUUGUCCUCUCUUGAAAUACCGCCUGCUGGCUCCAGCCUCCAGGGCUCCAGAAGAAACAUAAUGCUGGAACAAAAAACGGCUGAAUUCAACAGAACUUUGUUUCAGUGUGAGAUGGGCCACGGCGUAGAGGGACGCGACAGUUCUACAGUGAUGGAUGCCUGCCCAGAUGAGACACUACCUCCCAGGGAGACAACAUUUAAGCCACUUCAGACUGAUGUCACCGCUAGAGCACGGGGUGUGCAUCCUGACAUCACACUGUCUCUUCCGGACUCAAAUUCCACCAUUCAGAAGCCCGAUGUCCAAUCGCCACGAACGAGAUGUGGGACCGAGGGUCGGGAAGUCGGAACGAAGCAGGGAUUCCCCUCUGACCUUCCACCUGGGCAGCAACCGGUUGGACUCAAGGAGACCACGCCCCAUCGCGAGGUCAAGCACAAAGUUCAAACAGCGGGCGGCCCGUCCAGGAAAGCAGAACACGCGGCGGCCACGGAGGACCCGGCACCCGAUGCGGACACCCGGCCUGGUCGGGGGAGGGUGGGCGAGGACGGCUCGUGCUCCGAGAAGGGGAGUCCCCGCCGAGCGACGUCCCGGUCGGCCAGAGUCGGCGUUCUCCCCUCCCAGUCAGACCCGGCCAGACCCGGGCCUCGAGUGAUGAGCGAGCAUCCCUGGAAGGCGCUCACUCUGGCUGCGUACCCGCGGCCCGAGGGCUCGAGGUCCAACUACGGGGCCGUGGAGAGGAUUCUGAAGAAUUACGAGAGUGCAGCCCGGGCUCUCCAGAACCAAAGCCUUCCCGGCGAGAUGGAUUGUAGCCCCGACGCCAGUGGUGGGCAGGAGGGGAACGCGACGGGGCGGCACAUGCCGCCGGCCUCACCUCCCACUCUGAGAUAUGCGCAGACUUCAAGCUCCUCGCAGAAGCACGCCACGCACGCGCAGCUCGGCCGCCACGGCACCACGGGGGUGAAAGAGGUCCAUCUAACAGUGCAGAAGAACCACGUGGCAUCCGCCUCCUCCUCGGCUCAGAAGAGCUUCUCCCGGCCCGCCCGUCCCGCCAACCGCCGCCUCCCGGCCCGCUGGGCCACCCGCUCCCCCACUUCGUCCUCCUCCUCCUCCUCCACCUCUUCCUCUCCCACGACCCCUCCCGUUGUGCCUUCACCCUUCGGCCUCCAGAAACACAGUUCCUCUCUUACCUACUCGCACGCCUUCCACAUCAAAACCGUGAUUAUUUGACCUCCACCUCGCCGCGUUGUUGAACCAAGGGGAAGCCCUGCGUGCUAGCCUUCCAACACUGAACGUUACAUUUCAGAACUACUGUACAUACCGCACCCAGGCUGCUUCUCCACUGCUGCAGACUCAGAAGUGCUUUAAAUGCCAGUUCACCCACUUACCUUUUUAGAAUGUACGUGGCAUCCGGCCUUCAGAUCCUUUUCUGGCCAAAGAUGCAAGAAAAGGAUCUGAAGCAGCUUCACGAAUGCGGCAGUGUGCUCCGAUGAACAAGGCACAUUGAAAACACGUCACCCUGAUUGGAUGUGCGAUGCUCUGGUCUGGACAGAACUGCCACUACUACGUUGGUUCUAUGUACUGUAUUUACACCUUUUUAUUCAAAUGAUCCAAAAUCUUCCAGACAAAAAUACAUCGGGAGUGCUAUAUGGACUUCUACUGUAUAUGGCUCCCAACAGGAUUUCUGGGCCUUUGGCACAAAGUAUCAUGUUGCAUACACACACUUCAGCACGGUGGAUUCAUAGGUGUCAGAGAUGUCUCUGCAGCUUCACUCUCUGUGCUGCUUUCUGCCUUCUUGAAUGUUUCCUACACUACAUGCCUGGACUGUACCUUACCUGUGACUAAAACACCUGGCUUUACAUUUAUGACUGGCUUGGCAUUUUUCAUUACAGUUACAUGAGAAUGUCAGUUCCUUUUUAUAACUUUGUACCAAAGGCUGGUUUUCUUUUUAUGCAUUUUGCUGAUUCUAUAAUGAAAUGCAUUGUUUGUAACAGCAUUUAUGUUUGCUGUCCCGCCCGUUGCAAAAUGUUUGAACACUAUUCACGAGAGCCUGCUUUUGUGCUUAGUAUAAGUAACAAUGCUUAUGAAUAACAGAUUAAAAGGCCUUUUUCUACUUUUACUAAUUCUUAAUGGUCACAUAUCAGGACAUGACUCAGCUGAGUAGUACAGUCAAUCGUUGGGGUCAAAGUAGUGAAUCAUAUGAUAAAGAUGAUACCGUUUCUGUUCUUUUUGUGUAAUAAACAUAAGGACUUA